UUUAUGAGGGUGCAGAAAAAAAAAAAAAAGACUUCGGGUCAGGGAGAAUGUAUAAAUGUCCAUCGCCAUCGAGGUUCUGCUAUAUUUGAGAAGCUGAAGCGACUCCAAGGACACAGUUCACAGGCUGAUUUUGCUUCUCAGCUCCAAAGUUCGGAUUGAUCUGGGGACAAUUAUUACGCCUCUGCGGCGGAUAACUCAGAAGAGAGCCUGUGAAGGAGGCAUCGAGGGGGCUCAUAUCGAGACCUGCAUCCUACCUCCCCGGCAUGUGCACUGCGAGGUGUGCCAAGUGCCUGGGCAGCACCCUCAUUCCCCUCGCUGUGUCUGGCUUCCUGGCUCACCUCCUGCUAUUUUUCCCUGGAGGAAAAGUGAUAGACAACAAUGACCACCUUUCUGACGAGGUCUGGUAUUUUGGAGGAAUAUUAGGAAGCGGGGUCUUGAUGAUCUUCCCUGCGCUGGUGUUCUUGGGCCUGAAGAACAAUGACUGCUGCAGGUGCUGUGGCAACGAGAGCUGUGGGAAGCGCUUUGCGAUGUUCACCUCCACAAUAUUUGCUGUGGUUGGAGUCUUGGGUGCCGGAUACUCAUUUAUCAUCUCAGCUGUCUCAAUCAACAAGGGUCCAAAAUGCCUCAUGGUCAAUAAUAGCACGUGGGGCUAUCCCUUCCUGGACGGGAAUUACCUCAGGGACAGUGACCUAUGGAGCCAGUGCCAAAAGCCUGACAACGUGAUUCCCUGGCAUCUGACCCUCUUCUCCAUCCUGCUGAUCGUAGGGGCGGUUCAGAUACUUAUCUGUGCCAUCCAGGUGAUCAACGGCCUCCUGGGGACCCUGUGUGGAGACUGCCAGUGCUGUGGCUGCUGUCAGGGAGAUGGACCAGUCUAAACCUCCAUGAUUAGCUGCUCUAACUUAAUGGUGUGUGAGAAGAUAACAUCAACCUUAUUCUUCUCUUCUUGGGAUUGCCAAUUCCUAUCUGCUUCCUAACUGACAAAGCUUAGGGAAGCCAGAGUUAUUCCUUCUCCUUUCCAACCCGGUCAGCUCAACUUAGAAUCUUAUGUUAGUUUCAAAUAAAAAAUAGUUUGGCCACUUAAGUAAUAUUUAUGAAUCUUUCAAAUUAGCUUCCUCUUAGAAUCGAAGGGCAAGUUCAAAGCAAAUAUUUCAUAAUUUUUUCUUUAAGAGUGAAAAAUGUAUAAGGUCACAUGUACUGCCACACUGCUUCUUUGUAUAUAGAGGUGUUGAUAUCUUUGGUAGUUUUACAGACGUCAAAGGAAGAAAACACAUUGAAAAUGAGAAGCUAAGACCAAUUUUUAUUUUUAAGAUCUGUGGGAAAAAAGAAUGACUGAUGGAUCAUAAAUAAUUUUUAUUUGUUUUCUUUUGUGCUAACAUGUUUGAAUUACUUGUAACUAAUCUUCUGGGCCUGCCAUCAUUCGCUAGGGUUUCCUUGUGUAUAUUAAAUUAAAAUCAGAAUUCAGAGGUAAUA